GUUAAGGAAACCGAGCAGCACAUUCUCCCAUAAAGAAAACAAAAGUCAUCAAGAAUAUUAACAGUUAUAAAACUGUGAAUAUCUUUCCAUAAUUGUUUUAGAAGUAGACAAUGCCAAAAUAAAUGUGAAACUGUUUCUGGAUGCUCAACACAAAAAGUACAAUCAAAGUUAAUGUCUUUUUUGAGUUUCUUCAGGUUCCCAGGGUAAUACUUAUGGGUCAUUCUGAAAGAGACCUCUUUGACCUUGUUAACAAGCAAGUAUUUGUUUGGUAAUAACCAGACUUUUUCCCAACAGAUAUUAGUGACCAAUGUAUUCCAGUAACUUGUGACAUAAGGAAUGGAUACAAUAUCCCUUUUAAAUAAAGCACGUAUAGAUCUGCUGUUCUGAGGUAGCAAGGAGAAACAUAUUUUCCCUAUUGGAGAGUCCACUGGAUUAAGCGAGGAUAGGUCAAGAAGGUGAGGUCUGGCUACACCUCUAAAUAACAUGAGCGUUCCAGAUGGAAUAGCAUCAAAGACUAUGGCGAACUCUCUAGGUGUUACAGGGAUAUUGCUCUGCCUGUGAUUAUUAUUAUUUGACCAUGCUGGUCAUUUAUGAACAUUUGAACAUCUUGGCCAUGUUCUGUUAUAAUCUCCACCCGGCACAGCCAGAAGAGCACUGGCCACCCCUCAUAGCCUGGUUCCUCUCUUGGUUUCUUCCUAGGUUUUGGCCUUUCUAGGGAGUUUUCCCUAGCCACUGUGCUUCUACACCUGCAUUGCUUGCUGUUUGGGGUUUAGGCUGGGUUUCUGUACAGCACUUUGAGAUAUCAGCUGAUGUACGAAGGGCUAUAUAAAUACAUUUGAUUUGAUAAUAAUGUAUUAACAAUCCUUCAGCAGAUAUGAUUAUUGAACACAUUCUUAAAAAAUAAAGACUUGUUUCUAUACAAAAUGUCCUUAUUGUUCCAAAUAAAAUACCUAUGCGGGGAGAAAUUAUGUUUAUAUAUUAACGACCACUCUAUGAAUACUUGUCUAUGAAAAGCAUAUAAUUUUGCAGGAAUCUUAUCAAUGUUAUAGUUACAAAGUAACAUAAAAUUGAGGCCACCAAAACAGGAGAAGGUAUAAUGAGGGAUGAAAUUCCAAAUUGAAGUUGGAUUCUUUAAAAAAUGUUUAGCCCAACUUAUCUUAAAAGUGUUAUUCAAAGUAGGAAAAACAAUUGAGGCCACCAUAUUCAUAUGAGUUCAUAAUGACAGAUUUCCUAAUAUAAUGUGUAUGAUUUUUCCAGAUGAAGUUGAAAAGCACCUGGUCAACUGCUUUACCUAUUUUGUUGUGAAGAUAAAGGGAUGCAUAAGGCUGCAUAAGUAAGUCUGGAGAUACCUUCAGCUUUAGAAAGCAAUACUCCAAGGAUAAAUCCUUCUGCAACCAAUGGUUCAACUUCUUUUGGUUUUUUUUCAAUAAUAGGUAUAACAUUUAAUGAGCAUCUAUCCUGUUGAUCCUUAGAUAUGGUAAUCCCAAGGUAUGUUACUUUUUCCUUGACUGGAAUAUUGCAUAUAGACUCUAUAUGUGUCUAUAUUAUAGAGGGUAUCACAUCGUCUUUAACAGCAAACAAUUCUCGCUUAUUACGGUUUAGGCUCUGUCUGUGACUACAUGUCAACAUGUCUGUUGUGUGCACAGUGCGCAUUACGUAACCACCCAGGCUCACUUUCUAAUUGGUGCAGAAGCUGUCAGUCCAAACCAUGCUCUCCAAUGGGCUUUCUGCUUUCUGUCAAACUCAGACACCAUGUUCUGUCCCCGGGGGCUUGGAGAUUUCUUGGAGCGUAGUCUGAAUGCCACUCAGAGGAGUGCGUAAACAGGAAUCUGGGCUUCAGACUCCGCGCUGGGUUUAUCCUAAAGAACUGAACUAAUCGAUAUGAGCCGCCCGUCCUCUGCGGGCGGUGGGGGCGGAGGACUCGGUUCCGGGAAAGCAGGCGGAGGAAAGCACGGCGGUUCGGGGGGAGCUGCUGCCUCAGCUGCAGCCGCCGGAGUAGGAGCUGUGGCCGGGUCUGGCUCGGCUCUACCUGUCGCUGCUGUUGCCUUGCCCUCAGCAUCGCUACAUGGACAAUCUGCUGAACUUACAGCCUUGUUCGAGUGCCCGGUUUGUUUUGACUACGUUCUGCCACCGAUUCUGCAAUGCCAGGCCGGACAUCUUGUUUGCAACCAAUGUCGUCAAAAGCUGAGUUGUUGUCCGACUUGUCGCGGCCCUCUCACCCCGAGUAUCAGGAACUUGGCUAUGGAAAAAGUUGCUUCUACUCUACCGUUUCCUUGUAAGUAUGCGUCAGCCGGAUGCCUGCUGUCCCUCCACCACAGUGAGAAGCCUGAUCACGAGGAGGUGUGUGAGUUCCGUCCCUACACCUGCCCGUGCCCCGGAGCCUCCUGCAAGUGGCAGGGCUCCCUGGAGGCCGUCAUGCCCCACCUGAUGCACGCCCACAAGUCCAUCACCACCCUGCAGGGAGAGGACAUCGUCUUCCUGGCCACAGACAUCAAUCUGCCGGGGGCCGUGGACUGGGUCAUGAUGCAGUCCUGCUUCGGCCACCACUUCAUGCUGGUCCUGGAGAAGCAAGAGAAGUACGAGGGCCACCAGCAGUUCUUUGCUGUGGUGCUGCUCAUCGGAACGAGGAAGCAGGCCGAGAACUUCGCCUACCGCCUGGAGCUCAACGGGAACCGGCGGCGCCUCACCUGGGAGGCCACGCCCCGCUCCAUCCACGACGGCGUGGCGGCCGCCAUCAUGAACAGCGACUGUCUGGUGUUUGACACGUCCAUCGCUCACCUGUUUGCCGACAACGGCAACCUGGGGAUCAACGUUACCAUCUCCAUGUGCUGAGCGGCUCAGAUGUGGAAACACAGACCCACAGGCUUCUCUCGUUCUCAGACUUACACAUGCGGUGGGCAGAAACUGGUGCACAGUGACUGACUGCUGUGCUGUACCUGCCUCCUGUGUGAUGCAGUAAUAAUAAUAAUAAUAAUAAUAAUAUAUGCCAUUUAGCAGACGCUUUUAUCCAAAGCGACUUACAGUCAUGUGUGCAUACAUUCUACGUAUGGGUGGUCCCGGGGAUCGAACCCACUACCCUGGCGUUACAAGCGCCAUGCUCUACCAACUGAGCUACAGAAGGACCACAGUAGACUGUGUGUGAGAGGAUAGGUGGGAUAUGGAGAGGAUGUGUGUGUUUUGCUGCUUGAGGCUCGUUGGCUCCCCAUAAUGCUUGAAUGGAGACUGGGCUGUAGAGUAGUUUCAGGGUUAGGGUGUUUACCUGUCCUCUCAUAAUGCUUGAAUGGAGAAUGGGCUGUAGAGUAGUUUCAGGGUGUUUGCCUGUCCUCUCAUUGUGUGUGCUGGAGACAGUGUACAGUAACCUACAUGGGGUGGGCUCUUGAUGACUGAUGCUCUACCCGCCCCCAGUACCCCUCCUCAACCGCUCCCACCCCACUCACCCCUACCUCCUCUUCUGCCCAGCCAACCAGUGCCAGGCAAGAAGGACACUGCCAGUGUAAGAAAGGGCGGUAUUCAGAGAACCUCCACUUCAUCUGUGAAUAGCCCCUGCAGAUGCCGCUUCCUAUCCUCACAGCGAAUUAAGUUUCAGUAAGUUGGUCAGUGGACCAAUCAGGCCUCAGACGCAUAUGGGCAGAGUCGGGACCUGAGAGUGACCAAUGUGCUGUCUGGGUUAGUGUGAGCUAAGCCGGGGUUGUUCAUGCCCUCCUAAAGGACUGCACUGACUACUAAUCAACUCCUUACUUUUCAGAACCGCAAAACUCAACCGUUUUCAUAAUUAGGCUGUCAAUUAUAACCCCAACCCUGGUGUGUAUAAUACAUACUGGUGAGAGGUCCUGAUCUGGGUCCUGAUCUGAUUGGAAGUAAAAGACUGCAUGUAUGUCCGCCAUGUAGAAUAAAGACACUGAUCAGGUGUUUUGGUUGUAGGCUCUCGUCAUAAUGCAUCAUAAAGGUUGCAUAAUGCCAUCGUAAGCAUGGUAUCAAACCUGUCAUAAGUAAUUUUUGGUGAAACCCCAGGGCCUAGUUAUUCACAUGGAUUCUGUAUUACAAUACAAACAACAAAGGCACAUUACUUCUCCAAAGUCACACGCUCUGUUGCAUAAAACUCUGAUAGAUUGAAGGUUAGCGUGUUUGUUAAAAACAGGUGUCAUGUCAUAUUUAAGAUGACAUUAUGUUUGUUUUGACACAGAAAUCAUAUUUGUAGUGUACGAGCCAGUACCACUACAGGAGACGGUACCACUACUGUUAUGACAGAGAUGAGCAGCAUGGCGGAGGCACACGUUUUCUUAUUUGUUCCUCUGUAUGUCUCGUGAAACCGUUUGUUCUGUAGAACCUGGUUUAUCUUCGGUUCUUCUACGCUCUGAUUGACAUACUGUAAUAUGGGGGUAGUUUUGACUCUUCCCCUCUGGUCAGUCAACCCACCACAGCCUUACUUUUGUACGUAACCUAACUAGCACUCCCAAGUUGGAAAGGCGUCUGUGAGGAUGACUAAGUUAGACUCACUCAGACCCACCCUCAGUGUCUUCAACGGACUCUUGGUUUUUGUGGACUUUGGGGCAAAGUCCCAUGGCAUUGUGGGUAGAAAUGGGAAUUCCAUAGUACUCCAGCCAUGUACCUCGCCUUCACCCGUCAUCAUAGCAACCAAAAACCCACCUUUUCAUAAAGUACCUCUGAUGACAUUGAUCAGACAUGUCUGUAAUCCAACAGAGUCCCCUCCUGCUCCCAGAGACACUGCAGUAUACCCCAAAUCACCCUCUGCUGAUCACCUCUGCCCCGUCUUAUAAGUAUUUGUAAUAUGUAAAUGUUGGAUGACCAUAUAUUUUCUAAAAGCUGAUAGGAGAUUCUGUGUUCGGUUGUGUUGAUCUGAGACGUGUUUGUGUCCACGGUUACUCAAACUGUUGUACAUAGGUUUUGAGGUUAUUUUCAGAGCUGUUGUAACUACCUGCUAUCCUAUUUUAUUCUAGUGGUCAGUGUCCCUGCCUUACCCACUGAGUGGACAGACAUUUCUGCCAACACACUCUCCUUUGGGCAGCACAGCUCUGCAAUUGCUAUGGCUGAUCUGUAAUAUAGACAAAAAAUGCAAACUGUGACUCUCACCUUUUUGUAACAUGGGCUUGAAGCCUUUAAUGCUGCAUCAUGAGCCAGAGAGAACUGCGUGGAUUUCAUUAAUUAAUUGUUUAUGGGGCAAUGUGAGAUCAAAUCAAUGAAAACUAAGAGUCAGUGUCCACAAAAUUAGAUUUCAUGGUGCAUUUGUUUCCACUGAAAACAUCUUUAGGUCCAGAUUUCUGCAGUUAUGUUUUGGGGCGUCAGGGAGCCUAGUGGUUAGAGCGUUGGGCGCUCGAAUCCCGAACUGAUGAGGUAAAAAAAAAAAAUCUGUCGUUCUGCCCAUGAUCAAGGCAGUUAACACACUGUUCCCCGGUAGGCCGUCAUUGUAAAUAAGAAUUUGUUCUUAACUGACUUGCCUAGUUAAAUAAAAUAAAAACUCUGGGUCCCUGUCCAUCCACGAAAACAAAAAUGGUCCCGUGGCUGAAUGUAGUUGAAGAUCCCUGACCUUGGCUGUCAUUAUGUAGGCUAUAAAAAACAUGUCUAACUAUAACUCUUCAUCUGCUUAAGUGUUGUCCACUUACACAAUGUUUUGUUCCGUAUGAUGUGUCAGAACAUUGAACAGAAACACAUUCCCAUCCAGCUGUAAAUCACCUAGAAUCAUUCUACAAACCAGAAAAGUACACACAUUCUUUAUGUACCUUGGGAAAUACAACCCAUGUCUUGUACAUUCAUAGUACACAUGACGUCAUAGACAUCUUUUGUACAGCCAGACCCAAUACUUAUUUUCUCCCAAGUUUAGCCGAAUCCUAUCCUGGGAUGUUUCUAUAACAGCUGUAUGGUUGCUAUUUCUUUACUUAAUUUCAAUUGGGUCCCUAACAAGUAUUUUCUUUGGGACACACACACACACGUUUUCCUGUCCAUCCCAGCCUGGCCUCUGUUAAUCUGGGGCCCGGGUGAAGGCAGCGGUUGACCUCUGACCAGUCUGACAAGUGAAGCUCAGACCCAGAAGUCAUUGAAAAAAUGUUGAAUAUAUCACAUCACCUAGGUAACUAACAUAGCAUUGACGAUCUAUCCAUGCAGCCAGACAACGGGGCGACCAAAAUCCCAGUUAUUCGAGUGUGGCUUGUCUGCCUGGCCCCCCACUGGAAGAGGAUAAGGGUUAACUUCUCGUCCUCUAAUAUCUCUAUACCCCAGUUGUUUUUUUUCAUUGGAGCCCCGGUGUGAUGAGAUUAAUAGAACUGAUGACAUUUACGGUGUUUCACAUGCCAACUAUCGACAGGUUCCUUCACACACUUAACCUCUUGGUGGAAUUAAAACAUUUCCUUAACGGCAGGAUGUGCUUUACCUCUUUCCCUUUUAUGUUUUGACAAAAUGUUAAUUUAUUCUUGAUAUAUAUAUCUAUGCUUUGUUCUAUCUUAGAUGAUUAACUAUGUUGUGUUUUAAACAUCAUUCAGCGAUACAGAUCAAUUGCAGUUAAAAUCCUGUUGAGCAGGUAUGAGCUAGUGAUCAUGUAAAUACGAUCUUUCUUUGGUCUGAAUUAUUCAUUUUUCCCCCAAAGUAUCUUGUUUGCCUUUGGUUCUUCACUGAAUUACAAAUUGUGUAAUGUUUUGGACAGUCUCUUUUCACCCAAAAUCACCUAUUUUUGGAGCCAAGAGGAAGCUCCUAUCUUGCGUUAUCCAUAUUACUAUGUGUCUCUGUAUCACUUGAAAUCCAAUUUAAAAAUAAAAUGUUAUUUAUAA